GUCACGACGCCAAGAUGGCUGCGCGCGCCGCGUCGGGGGCCGUGAGCCGGCGCUUGUGGCAGGGGUUGGGGAAUUUGUCUACAAGCAAUUCUAAGAGCAGUACAACCAAAAAUGCUGUUUUUCUUCUAAGCACCGGUGUGAAGUGGGCACAGUUUUCACACCUGCACAUCGAUUUUCCCAAGGAAGUGACAAAGCCUGCGAUAACCGUUUCUGAUGAACCAGACACCCUGUACAAACGCCUGUCGAUUUUAGUGAAAGCCCAUGAUAAAGCUGUACUGGACAGUUACGAGUUCUUUGCCGUGCUUGCUGCUAAGGAACUUGGCAUUUCUAUUAAAGUCCAUGAACCUCCAAGGAAAAUAGAGCGACUUACUCUUCUCAAGUCUGUGCACAUUUUCAAGAAGCACAGGGUUCAGUAUGAGAUGAGAACACUUUACAGGUGCUUAGAGUUAGAGCGUCUGACGGGAUGCACAGCUAAUGUCUACUUGGAAUAUAUCCAGCGAAACUUACCCGAAGGGGUGGCCAUGGAAGUCACAAAGACACAGUUGCAGCCAUUACCAGAGCACAUUCGGGAGCCCAUCUGGGAAAAAGAAGUGAAGGACAAAGAAGAGAGUAAGGCAUAAAGCCGGGGGACGCCGGCUUGUGGGCUUUCUCAGAGCCGGGCCUGCCACGGGCUUCAGUGCGGAGUGCUUGCACGGACUGGGUCGUGAUCCCACCGACCCACCCCACCGCUCUGCUGGGUCCUCCUGCCCUGAUCGUGGAGAGCGGGGAGUGGAACAUGAAUGAAUCGACCGCCAUGUCUGUUCCUUGAUGCAUCGUGAUGUCAGUGCUGAUUGCAGCAAACUAUUCAGAAAACUCAGAGUAAAAUUUAUGUUUGUGUUUA